GGCGGAAGUGGAAGGGUCGAAGCUUGGGCGGGGAGCUAAAAGGUCAGAGGUGUCAAGUGAGCAAUCAUGGUGGACUCGGACCAGCCAUCCAAGAUAAAGAUCUUCUUAAAGCUGAUGAAAACUGUAGCCCUUGAAGUAAACAGCACUGACUCAAUUGAUGACAUCAAAGCUAAGAUUUCCACGGUAGAGGGACUUGCGCUGAGUCAACAAGAGCUAUUUUUUGCAGGUCAUCAUCUCUACGGUACUAACACACUAGCUGAUUACAACAUUCCCAAGAAUUCCACCAUCAACCUUUAUAUUGGAGAUGAAAUGCACAUAUUUGUUAAGGUUUUGAGGGAUGGGAAGACCAUUAUGCUUGAUGUGAAGAAAUGUGACACCAUUCAAAAUGUGAAAUCUAAAAUCCAGGAUAAGGAGGGAAUCCCACUAAAUCAACAAACACUCAUCUACUUGGGUAGAUCACUUGAGGAUAACCAGACAUUGAUUACUUAUGAUAUCAAAAAGGGUUCAUUGCUUAAUUUAGUAUUGUGUCCAAAAGAUGAACUGAAAAUAUCUGUCAACGUCACCAGUGGUAAAACCCUAAUACUUGAAGUGAGAACUUGGUACACCAUUAGGGAUGUCAAGAUGAUAGUAGAGAGUUUGGAGGGGGUUCCUACAGGUGAACAGAAGCUUGUCUAUGCUGGAAAGCAGCUUGAGGACACACUAACUUUGCAUGAACAUAAAAUCUGUGAUAAUUCAGUCUUGCAGUUGUUGCCAUCUCCAAUGCAGAUAUUCAUUAAGAUUGCAAGGAAAGUUCUUGAUGAAGAUGUAACUCUUGCAGAUUAUCAUAUUCAGGAUAAUUCAACUAUCGAUCUUUGAACACGUGCUUCUUUUUGGUACCAACAUCAUAUCUUUGUGAAAUUAGAAGAUGGGGAAAGAAUCUCUCUGAAUGUGGGGCCAGACACUAAAAUAAAAGAGGUGAAAGCCAUGAUCCAAGAGAGGACUAAUAUUCCAUGUAUGAAUCUAAAGCUUUGGUAUUCUGGAAAAAGGCUCCGGAAUAAAUCUUCUACUCUGGCACAGAACAACAUUGGUUCUGGCUCUACUCUACUGCUUAGUUCCUAAUAUUGGGACAAACAGAUUUUCCCGGACGUGUCAUCAUCAUGGUUGGUUCUUUUGGUGACAUCUUAGAAAGAUAAGGGUUCUUUCUUUGUUUCUUCUUCUUUUGUGGAAAAACUUACCAAAUAACUUGUAUCUGGAUUGAUGAUCUAUUAUAGAUGGUUAUCUUAGUGGUAGAACAGUCAUUAUCUGUUGGAACAGGAAAAAGAUACAAGUUUAGGUGAUUUGCAGGCUGAUGUUUCUGGUGCUGCUGCUGAAAUGAUGGGUGGCUAUCGAGUAUUGCUUGUUUUAUGUUGUCCAAGAAGCUCUAUUUCUGUUGAAUGUGAGCUAGAAAUUUACUGCAUGUUCCUUUCUAGUAUGAUGCUUACCUUAAGU